AACGCCUUUCUUAAGCUCAAAACCGUGUAUAUACAGUUCUCUAUAUUCAUUUACUGAUCAUUGUUUUUCAUUUUAUUUGCUGCAUUUGAUUGAUCUUGAUCGUUUUUGGCGAUUUAGAUUCUUGACAAUAGUUGUUGUAAUUUAGACGAAGAAGCACGUCUUAGCUCCCCUUGUGAGGCGGCCUACGUGAUAUCGGGAUUCAGGAGAAGUUUGUUUGACUGGCAUAUUGAUGCUGGAGAGAAACUCGGCUAAGAAUCCGUCUUCAGCUUUUUAUUUAUUGUUUUAAUUAUUCUCAUAUUUUCGUUAAAUCGUGUUCUGUUUAAAAGUUUAUCGGCAACUAGGAUCAAACCACUGGUUCUUACUCAUUUGUAUACUCAGUUUCAAUGUCAAUGUUUGGAUUGAGUCGUAACAAGUCUUUUGGUUCGAUGAACGUCACGCAAAAGCGAGACACAGUGAUUCGUUUGACGGACAGACUUUCUCAACCAGAUCCCACAAAACAUCUUUACCAAGAGGCUAAGCUGCGAAAAUGUGAAGGGAUAAAGUACAAGGCUCGCGAAUGGCUUUUGGUAUCUGAGACCGGCAGCAUGCGAGUAGCGAUUUCACUUGCCGAACCUGUACUGUAUCUGCAGGGAGCAAGUGCAUCGGAAAGUCGCGACGAGAAGUCUACAGUGCUUCGAGGCGCUAUGUGUAUUCACGUCCUGAAAACAUCUCGACUGAAAAAGAUUCAACUUGGUUUUUAUGGAAAAGCACGGACGGAGUGGCCGGACGGAAUUCCUCCAAAACGCACGGACAUGUAUGAAGAAAGCAACAUCAUGUACCAUUCUUGGCUGUUUUAUCAUUACGACCAAAAACUCGAUCCUGAGAGCCAUGGCGCUAUUUGGCAUAGCAUUGAUUCAACCUAUACCGAUACGUCGAAGUACACGAUGACACAUGAUCACUUUUAUCCUGGUCAGUAUGUGUAUGCAUUUGAACUUCCUAUAUCAUGUACGUUUCCGGAAUCUAUACAGACUGACAUGGGCAUGGUCUACUAUUACCUGGAGCCGUUUGUGGAGAAGUAUGGGACAUUUGCUUCAAAUGCUUCUGGACGUCUGAAAGUUGAACUAAUCCGCUCGCUCUCAACAGCAAGCAUUGCUUCCUCAGAACCCAUUAUUGUGUCUCGGAAUUGGGACAAUGCCCUGCAUUAUGAAAUAUCCAUCACCGGAAAAUGUCAAGUUAUGGGGCAACGGGUACCCAUUCUUUUUAAAUUUACACCCCUUGCGCAAAUUAAGCUACAGAAGCUUUAUGUAAUUCUGAUCGAGCGCAGGAAUUACUAUUGUCGACAGCGUACAGUACAUCGGAAAGAGAAAACACGGCAAUUGCUGGUGUACGAAAAGGUUGCCACGAAUGAAGAUGGAAACAUGCUGCACAUUUUCAGAAAGACAGGAAACACCCUAGAGUUUGAAGAUUAUGUGCGGAUACCUGGUUGCCAUGAUAUGGCCUCAAACAUUGUAAACUUUGACACAACAUAUCCAAACAUUAAGAUUACGCAUACCUUGCGGACAGUUUUGUUGUUAUCGAGAAUGGAAGAUGCACGGCCCGCGGAGAAACCCAAGAGCUACAAAAUCUUUAUUGAUUCACCUAUAAUAAUCAUGUCCUGUCGUUGUUGUCAGAGUUCUACAGUUCUGCCAGCGUACGAACCCCAUUUUCAUAAUUCCGCAGCUUGUCGUUGCGUUGAUCCAAUUACGGCUACAUUAAUCGACACACCCAGUCCUGCAUUGUCACCGGCAGCAUCCAUUGAAAACUUUAACGACAUAAUUGGUACUCCACCCCCCGACUACGACGAAAUAUUCAAACAAUAAUAUCGCGUGGCGGCUAAAGUUGUUCCGGAUCUUUUCCCCCCUUGCUGUAUGUUCCGAAUUCGCGACAUACGGUUCCUAUCUCUUUUAUUAUUUCCUUCUGUCAACAUUUCCUUUUGUACUCUGUGGCUUGUCUUAUUCUCGUAUAAACCUCGCUACCAUUGGAAUAGGCCUAGGCGCAGAGAGUAUUGUAAUUUUCUUUUAUAAGCCGUUGGUAGCCUCUCCACGCAACGAUGAGUGCGUUUCAUAUUAAUUAAGGAGAUUUAGCAGUUCGUAGUCACCAUUAGACUCUGUUGGUAGAUAACUUAUUGUUUCACGAUUUGUUUUUGAAAUAGGUAACAAAUUCAUCAAUGAGUACCGGCCAGGCACCUUCAAAGU